GUGGAUUAAUUAUUUUUCACCCAUUAAAUAUUACUGUUACAAAUAUAAAUACUUAUGUUCAGUUUUGGUUCUCACGUUAAUUGUCGAGAAUUUAAUUAUCUUCAGCUCUAUAUCUCUACUAUAUAAACUCAUGGCAUUGUGAAUAACCAUAUCUUGUAAAAUCACUUUAUUUCUUCCACAUAUAUAAAAACACCAAGAAUGAAAAUGUCAGCACAAUAUUCAAAGGCAUUCAUUUUUCUAGUUCUUUUGGGGGUACUUGCAUGUGCCACGUCAUCAAGGAAACUUCAAGAAGAUGAUGCAGUAGCUACAGUUUUUCAAAUCCCUGUUGAAAAUGGCGUAGGAUUUGGAGUUGUAGGAGGAGCUGGCGGCAGUAGUGGAGCUGGUGGUGGAGGCGGCGGCGGCGGUGGAGGAGGUGGUGGUGUUAAUGGUGGAAGUGGUGCAGGGUUUGGAUAUGGUUUUGGUGGUGGCCAGGGAUCAGGUUUAGGUGGUGGCGGCGGCGGCGGUGGCGGAGGUGGUGGAGGUGGAGAGGAUGGUGGAAAUGGUUCUGGAUUUGGUUUUGGCUAUGGUAGUGGCUGGGGGUCAGGCAUAGGCGGUGGUGGUAGUGGCGGCAGUGGAGGUGGUGGUGGUGGCGGCGGAGAGGACGGUGGUAAUGGUGGAGGAUUUGGAUUUGGGUAUGGUCAGGGUCAGGGUCAGGGUCAGGAAUCAGGUUCCAAUGACUCCAGUAGUGGUGUCGGAGGAGGUGGUGGUGGUGGUGGCGGAGGUGGCGGAGAGGACGGUGGUAGUGGUGGAGGGUCUGGAUUUGGCUAUGGUCAGGGUCAGGGUUCAGGUUCCAACGAUACCAGCAAUGGCAGUGGAGGAGGUGGUGGUGGUGGAGGAGGCGGAGAGAAUGGUGGUAGUGGAUUUGGAAGCGGAGAAGGUUUCGAUAGUGGUGGCAUAUGAUCCAAUAAAUCUACAUGCAUGGAGUACAACCCUGCAUGCAUGGGAGUACUAGUAAUUCCCCUCCCCCCCCCCCCAAUCUUUAAUCCUUUUGGA